UUAUCACAUAUGAUUUCGAAAUUUUGGAGUUGUGUGCAAAGCUCAUGGUCAUGGAAGGGCAUUUUGGUUACAAGUCAAUGAUACACCAGAAGGCUUUCUGUACAGGGGUUCCUUAGACGUGUUAGAAUGUUACUAGUUACUGUGAUUUCCCUUCUCAUCACUGAUGUGGUGAUCGCAGAUUCAGGUCAUUCUGGAUGUGGAGGCCCAGGAUAUUUAAAUCAUCGAAGAGGAGAAAUUACGUCACAUUCACAUUUCAACAAUCACAACCUGUACCAUCGUAACAGCAACUGCCAUUGGAGGAUUCGAGCAACUGCUGGUCACGUGAUUCGCUUGUCUUCCAUUCAUUUUGACCUUGAACCCGAUUCAAAUUGUGAUUAUGACUAUUUGAAUAUUUACGAUGGAAACUCAAAGUCCGCCAAACUAAUUGGAAAAUUUUGCGGAGGAAAUGACGUAGAGGUUGUAUCAUCAUCCAGAAGUCUUUAUUUGGAGUUCCACUCAGAUGAUAGCGAUGAAUUCACAGGCUUCAAAUUCAAGUACGCAGUUCAGCAACAAUCGGUCGGGUGUGGACAUUCAUUCUUCAUGUGUCAGAAUCACAGGUGCAUUCAGAAGAGUUUACUGUGUGACCAGGCAGACGAUUGUGGUGAUAAUUCAGACGAACAAGCAAACUGCAAAAUCGCUCCCAGUAAUUGUGAGGAUCAUGAGUAUACCUGCACAGCGGAUCAAAAAUGCAUAUCAAAGACCUGGCUCUGUGAUGGUGAAACCGACUGUUCCGGAGGAGACGACGAGAUGGGAUGCGGACUACAGACAGGAAUAUCAGGGUGCGGCAGCAGCUCCAUACAAAAUGGCACGUCAGGUGUCAUUAGUUCCAUGAACUUCCCCAUCGAAUACAACAACGAAUCCAAAUGCCACUGGGACAUCAACGUCCCGCCAGGAAAAUACAUCAGACUUGAGUUCAACAAAACAUUCGAACUGGAGCCAGGUGAUACAGCUGUUUGUGAAUACGAUCGAGUCACUGUUUACAGCGGAAGUGGUGGGCGCCAUUUUGUUGGUGAAUAUUGUGGUGACCAAGCUCCCGAUCCGGUCAUCAUCCCAGGAUCACACGGAAUCGUUCGGUUUUUCACUGACGAGGCGGAAAGUCUGGCUGGUUUUCAAAUAAAGUGGACCGCUGUGGAUGCUGACGCCACGUACGUAAAUCCAACUGUUGACCCUGGUCCUUUCGGCUGCGAUAAGGACAUAUACUACACAGGACAAGGUACCAUAGAAACUCCGGGAUUUGAUCCUAGCGGUCACUACAAAGACAACACGACGUGCGUUUGGAGAAUUUUUGGUCCUGAGGGCUUCAUCAUCAAGCUCCAUUUUAAUGACUUUGGUACAGAAAUGUCUCAUGAGUGCAAGUAUGACAGCUUACAAAUCUUCGAUGGUCCCAGUGUCUCUGACGGUCUGAUUGCCACAAUUUGUGGGAACCGUCUGCCUCAUGAAGAGUGGUCAAAGACAAAUAAUAUGAUGGUUGUUUUCACCAGUGACAAAGUUUACCAUGACAUUGGCUUCAGAGCAGUUUUCACAGCAGUAAAACCUAAUGAUCAUCAACUCACGGACAUCGCCGCCUGUACUGGCGCUCCAAAGGAAUUCACUGCGCAGACUGGAACAUUUUUCUCGGAUCUCUUCGAUGGCGUCACAGAAUACCCAAACAACUUGAACUGUCAAUGGAAAAUUACCGCACCUGCUGGAAAAGUUAUCACCCUGUGGUUUAAUGAGUUUGAGGCAGAAAGUACAGAAAACUGUGACUAUGACUACUUAGUGGUGUAUGAUGGCAAGAAUUCCUACAGUAAACUGAUGGACAAAAUCUGUGGCAUGGUCUAUCCAGAAAAGAUGACGACGGAGACCAACCACCUGUACCUCCAAUUCAUUACAGACGAAGCGAGUGGGGGAUUCGGAUUCAACCUAACCUACACCAUCCACGACCCACUACCGUAUUGCAGUGACAGCGAGUUUAGAUGUAGAGACACGCAUUGUAUUCCGUACUCCAAAGUUUGUAACGGUCAUAACGAUUGCAAAGAUGGCUCUGAUGAACUCGUUUGUGGUAACGAUGGUAUCUGCGGGCGUCCAGCGAUCAAACCAGUAGAAAGUAACACUCGCGUUGUGGGCGGACGAGAGGCUAUACCCAACAGCUGGCCCUGGCAGAUCUCCAUGAAACAAUACGGAAGUCACGUGUGUGGAGGCAGCAUCAUACACCCACAAUGGGUGGCAACAGCUUCUCACUGUGUGGAAGAUGAUCGCAACACAGAUCAUCUCACUAUAGAAGCAGGCAAACACCAUGAACAAAAGACAGAUCCCCAUGAACAAAUUAGACGUGUCAGCAAAAUUCUGAUGCACGAGAGUUAUGAUCCAGAUCUCAUAGAUAAUGAUAUUACGUUGUUUAAACUUGACCAACCCUUUGUCAUCAAUGAUUACGUCAGCACCGUGUGUCUGCCUAGCAGCGUGGUCUCGGACGAUAUGAACUGCAUGGUAACCGGAUGGGGAGAUACUAAGAACACCGGGAGUUCUGGUUUACUGAAACAAGCUUUGUUACCAGUCGUGAAUGUGGACAAAUGUAACAGCACGGACUAUUUGGACGGAGAAGCUACGGACAACAUGAUAUGUGCCGGUUAUGACAAAGGUGGCAUUGACUCAUGUCAGGGCGACAGUGGUGGUCCGUUUGUCUGUAAGUCAGGAACAAAGUGGGAUCUCCAAGGAAUCGUGUCCUGGGGAAGUGGAUGUGCCGAGGAGAAAAGCCCAGGCGCAUAUACUAAAGUUAUGAAUUAUAUUCAAUGGAUUCAAGAAAUGGUGGCAUCACAUCCUUGACGAAAUUUGUAACCAUAUCGAAAGAACAAACAAAAACUUUAAGAGCGACAAUUUUGUUCACAUUUCGUAAAUUUGUACUCCAUUGAUAUUUUCAUGUAUAAUUCAUGUAUGCUAAGAGUCAAGCUUAGAAAAAAUAAAAAGAAAGAAUUGGACGAAAAA